CUUUCUUCAUUCCCCAUUUCCACUUCCCUUCUUUCCCUUUUAUCAAGGACCAGAACCAGCUGCUGUACUACUUAUUAGCUUCAGGGAGAGAAAAAAAACCCAGAAAAACGAAACCAAAAAGAACCAAGCUUUCACCCCCUUUGCUUCCAUGGAUGCAGCGGAAGAACCCAUCUCCCCUACUCCUUCCGAUCAGCUUCCCCUCAACGAGCACAUCGCCAUGUAUCCCCACUUCAAGGUUCAUAGAAGGAAGUCGCGUGGCUCCAGGACGAAGCCUAGCCAGAUCCACCACCAUCUUCAAUCUCCUGAGCAACCUGACUCCAACUCUCAACUCGUUGUGUAUGACAAUUCACCCGACUCUAAAAGACAAAAGAGAGCGGCUGUACAUGACUUCUACGAUGGUGCUGAGGCGAAGUCAUCUUCUGCGCUGGAGCGUGCAGAACAGUUUCGAGCAAAUCUACCUGCUGAUAACCCUAGCUUUGCUAAGACGUUAGUCCGUUCCAAUGUCACUGUUGGAUUCUGGAUGCAUCUUCCAAUGCGGUUUUGCAAAUCUUACCUCCCAAAGUCUGAUACAACUGUUCUUGUCGAAAAUGAAAUUGGAGCAGAAUAUGUAAUCAAUUACAUUGCGGACAGGACAGCUUUGAGUGGUGGAUGGAAGGCCUUCUGUGCUGCACACGAGCUGAUUGAGGGCGAUGUUCUCAUCUUCCAGUUGGUCAAACCCCUAAGGUUUAAGGUGUAUGUAGUGAGAGGAAAUGAUUCUUCUCCCAAGCCCAACAACGAUCUUCACAUCCAACCUACAGAGCCUAGUGAAAAGCGAAUGAUUUCCGCAAGAGAACCAGUUAAGCUGCCGGGAACCCAAGACAGUAAUAAAAGUGCCCUUUCGAGGCAGGACAAUAGCAACAACGAUGAACAAGAAAAGCGUCUCGUAGCAAUAGAUUCAACAACCAACGCCAAUUUUCAAGAGCACUCUGAAAACAGCUCCGGAAACAUGGAUAUCGUCACAUGUUCUUCAGAACCCACCGACUCUCAUGACAUAAUUGACUUCUCAGGUGGGAUCCAAGAGUUCAGUGUGGUGGUCAAUGGCACUGAGAUCGAUUCGGAGCUCUCGGACCACCACCGGCAAAAAUACUAUGAAUUAUGCUGCUCCCAGAAAAAAAUUCUGCACGGGAACCUCCUCGACAGCAUCAACUGCAAGCUGGCUGCUGAGCUCAUAAUCGGAACAGUCGAUAUAGCUGAGUCCAUCAGGUCGUCCACACUGUCGAGCUCUCGCAGGGAGUAUGCCGUCUGGGAGAAGAACCUGAAAGGGUUCCAGCUGCUGGGGAUGAACGUCGGGUUCCUGUGCAACAGGCUGGACAAGCUGAUGAAGCUCGCACUGGAGUCGGAGAAGGCCGUGGAGUCUGAGAGGCGGGAAGUGAAGCUGAGGCAGGAACGCGUGAGCGAGGAGAUGGAGAGCCUGGAAAUGAAACUCAAGGAGUUGAGACAGGCCAGGAAGAGGAUCGACGAAGAGAUCGAGACUCUGAAAGUGACUGCGGAGAGGCAUGAAGUCAUGUUUCAGGAAGUUAGGAAAAGGGGAAGGCCGCGGAAGGUGAAGCUGAAUGAAGAAGGCUUGGCUAAGAUCAAGCGGAUUCUGCUCCCUUUUGCAAAAACCCCUGAAAAUACUCUAUUUUGUUGCUUGCUUUCCAGCUACAAGCGGAAAAGAGCGGUGAUAGACGAUUUCUAUGUGAAUGCUGAGGUGAUGAAUGCCGUAAUGAACAAGGCAGAGGAGAUCAAAGCCAAUCUUCCCGAGGAUCAUCCUACUUUGACGAAGACUAUGCUUCCUUCCCACGUUUCAAAUGGGUUUUGGCUGGGCCUUUCGAAGGAGUUCUGCGACGAGCAUAUGCCGAUUGUGGACCGGAGAGUCGAGCUGGAAGACGAGAGCGGGAGAGUUUGGGCCGCGAAGUAUCUCGCCCUCAAGCAAGGGCUCAGCGGUGGAUGGAGAGCAUUCUCCAUUGCUAACAAGUUGGUGAAAGGAGACGUCUUGAUCUUUCAAUUGAUUAGGAGAAUCAAGUUCAAGGUCUACAUUGUGAGGUCGAAUGCCUCGAUCGGAGCUGAUUCUGACGGCGAUUUUGGUACGCCGAAGUCCGGUAAGACGAGUUGCCCUGAGGAGGCAGGACAGAACUCGGAGUCGCAGCCACCAGAAUCUGUUCCGAAAAGGGGCGCUAGGGGCUCGAUGUUGCGUGACAAUGAUGAUGGUGAUGAUGGGACCGAGGAGACAUCGGACCUGAUCGACAAGCUCCGCGGCAUCGCUCUCGAUUUCGAUCAAGUGGGAAGCUUCGAGUCGUUUGGCAUCGUGGCGAACGGUUCGAUCAUCAACAACGAGCUGCCCAGGCGACUCGGGGCGAAGUACUACGAGCUGUGCCGAAGCAGGAACUCGUUCCUGCACCAGCACGUCCUCGAGGGGCUCAACGACAAGCUCGUGGCCGGCAUGAUCGCCGAGACGGUGCACAUUGCCGACGCGAUCAGGGGUUUCGAGCUGGACGAGGGAGGAGAGGAUCGAUUCGAGAGCUGGGGGAGCAGAUUGGAGGCAUUCGCGAAGCUGGGGAUGGAUGUCGGGUUCCUGCUAGCUCGGUUGAAGCAGCUCGCGGGGCUCGCUGACAAGGCGAACAGGUACAGGAAGCUGAGAGCAGAAAGAGGUGCUGUGGAGGAGAGGGUGAAGGUUCUGGAGGCAGAGCUUGGAGAAGCUAGAGGGAAGAUGGAAGAGCUGGAGCUUGAGAUUGAGGAAAUGGGGAUUGACGGGGAUGGCGUUGAAGAUGCAGUCAGGGAGUUGGCAAGUGCUGCUUGGUCAUAA